GCAGGUUUUGUGUUGCGCAAGCAUGGAUACAGGCCCAAGUUCAUGUCCAGAUCUCACCAUCGUCCUUCUGGGACACACCGGAGUCGGUAAAUCUGCUUCAGGGAACACCAUCCUUGGACGACCAGGUUUUGUGUCAAAACGAUCCUUCAAAUCAGUGACAACACAGAUCUCUACACAAAGUGGACCUGUGCUUGGAAAACAGAUCUCAGUGAUCGACACACCAGGAAUAAUUGGGUCUACGAGGGAGAUUCAGACCCUGUGUAAGGACCUCCUGAAGUUCCCCGGACCUCGUCUGUUCCUGGUAGUAAUUAAAGCAGAUCGAUUCACCGAUGAUCAUGAGAGAGCUCUGGAUGCAGCUCUCAGAGCCAUUGGAGAUUGUGAGCUCAGCAACUGUUACCUGCUCUUCACCGGAGGAGAUGACCUCGACAAGACGUCAUUGGAUGAGUAUGUCAAUGAAGAUCCAGGAAGUUGUCUUAAAAAGCUUGUUGACAAGUUUGAAGGGAGAUAUCAUUUGUUCAACAAUAAAAAUGGAACCCAGGAACAAGUCAGAGAGCUGCUGGAGAAGUCCGGCCACCUCAGAAACAGUGAUUUGGGGAGGGAAAGGAGGGAAAGGAGGGAAAGGAGGGUGGUGCUGCUCGGUCUCCCUGGAAGUGGGAAGAGUUCAUCAGGAAGCACCAUCCUGGGAUCAGAAUGGUUUGAAUCAGUUGCUGGCUUUAAUGCAGGCACUACUGAGACCGCCUCCAAGUCAGCCAGAGUGGAGGGUUUCUGGGUCCAAGUGGUCGAUACUCCAGGAUUCACUGGACAGGUUCUGGCUCCAAGAAAGCUGUUUGAAGAGAUCAUGAAGGCGGUAGUAGAGGCCAGUCCAGGACCUCAUGCCUUCCUCAUCGUGGUCAGGUUUGACAGGAUCUCUGAAGCAGACAUCAAACUGUUUAAGAUGCUGCCAAAGCUGUUCACCGGAGAGGCUUCUAAAUACAUGAUGGUCCUGUUCACUCAUGGAGACGCACUCAGGGGAAGGUCCAUGGAUGGUUUGAUCCGGUCCAACCAACAUGUCUCUGCCCUGGUCUCCAGGUGUGGGGGGAGAUUCUGCGUUUUUGACAACACAAAGAAAGGAAACAGGGUCCAGGUCAGGGACCUUCUGGAUAAAAUAGAUCAGAUGGUAGAAGCUAACGGUGGAGAGCACUACACCUCUGACGUGUUCAAGGAGGCUCAUGGCUUGGGAGACCAAAUUGCCAUGAGAUGGCGUCAAAUCGGUGAGUGGUUCAGACGGAAGCUCAGGAACCUCGAUAGAAGACGCGACGGGUAUACUCCUCUCAAUCAACCGGAUACCACUGAGCUAUAUAAAAUGGAUUAGUUUCAGUUAGAGGGGGGUGAGGGAGAGAGUCCU